GACUCGCUCAGUCGGCGACACACAGUUGAAGCUGAAAGAUCGAUUCCGCAGCCAAGUUAAAGCCCGUCUCCGCAACCGAGUGCCCGGUGCACUCCUCGAUUCUCGGUGAAGUGAACGAUUUAUGGAAAUUUAUUGAUUGCAAUUCAAGCCGACAAGUGUGUGAAUCAAAAACAAGCAGCAGUCCCAGUUACCUGAGCAUCAGCGCCAUGGAGCACAGCCGGAUCCAGACAAUGCUGCUAGUUAUGAUAGUAAUCGUCGCCACCUCGUGCUGCGCACACGGCCAGUCCUAUCUCUUCAGUCUGGAGAACGUUCUCAACGAGUCCUCGCGCCAGCUGCCCUACAACCUGACCUCCGCGAACAGAACCACCGAGGUGGACCUCUUUCCCGACUCCAUCUCGAACAACACCCGCAUAAUUGUCUACAAAAACACUGUCGUCGAGUCGCCCAACGAACUGUCCCAGACGGCGAUGGAUGUGAUCACGAUUGUGUGGUAUGUGGCCACCUUCUUGGCCCUGGCCGCCUUCUUCAUGCUGAUGGCCUGCUCGGACCGCCGCUGCCGUGACAUGAGGCGUCGUCCCGCCGGAGGGCAGUCCACGGAGGGUCUGAGGGCGCCGCCCACGCCCUCGCCGUCCUACAGUGAAUUCGCACCGCCCAGCUACGACACGGUGAUCAAGAUGCAGCACGCGGCCAAGACGAGCGUGUUUGUGAUACCGUUCAGCAGCAAGGCCGGCGAACUGGGGGCCCCCACCUCGCCGCCUCCGCCCCUGACACCCUCCGCCAGUCCGCCAGCCGUCGCCUGCGACAUGAUCAUCGUAAACGAAGUGCAAAAGUCGGCCGACUAACCGAUGGGCAGCCAGUGGAUCCCCGGAUCCAGCCUUCUUACACCCCGACUCUGUGAUAUUUGCUGUUUAUGGCAAUGGGCCAAGUAUUAGACGUCGUAAGAUCCCCACUGAAAGACUGACAAUGAAAGAUAUCUGUGUGCAUAUGCAUUCAAGUGCCAGUUCAACUGAAACUAUAUGAAUAAGCAAUUAAGUGUAAUAAAUCAAAACAUUAUCCAAGAUGA